AUACAGGGUCUGUUCCCAUUCCAUGCCCUAUGCUGUGACUACCCUUGGCACAGAUUGCUGUGGGGUGGGCGGCGGGGUACCAACUGUGGAGGGGCGUCUCACCAGCCAGCUGCUUUUUCUGCAGAGAGAGAAAGGGGAUGUGCAGGUGUAUGUGGAACCUGGUCAGUAUGUGGAUCCUUUCACGACUGUGACUCUGGGCUGGCCAGACAGUGGCAAGGAUUUACGCUUCCAGUGGUCAUGUGGACGUUGCUGGGCCCAGUGGAGCUACUGUGUUGAGAGGCAGCUGCUCCGCACAGACCAGAGGGAGCUGGUGCUUCUUCCAUCCUGCCUGCCACCACCCAAUUCUGCCAUCACCCUGCGCCUGGCCACCUGGAGACGCAGACAGCUGGAGAACCAGGAGGAGCAGUGCCUCUAUGUGUCUGCCCCCCUGGAACUCAGGCCUCGAGUCAGCUGUGAGAAGAACUGCAGGCCAGCAAAUACCAGUGAAGACAUUGUUCUCAGAGUCACCUUGGGGGAUGACUCCCCAGUGGCCAUGUUCAACUGGUAUUUAGAGGACACUUCUCUGGAGAAGGCUGAGCCUCUCCCAGCUGCCUGCAGAUUCCAGGGAUUUUGGCCAAGUGCUUUAAUCCUCAUUGAGAGCAACACCUCUACACUGCGGCUGAACAGCUCCUUUUUGCAGACCUGGGGCCAGGCCAUCCGGAUCAAAGCCACAGCAGUGACCAGGCAUGCCUAUGGGGAGGACACCUACGUGAUCAGCUCUCUGCCUCCCCCGGAGGUGCCCAGAUGCACCAUCACUCCAGAAGAGGGUACCAUUCUGACGGGCUUCACCAUCUUCUGUAACACAUCCUCGGCCCUGGGUCCCCUGGAGUACUGCUUCUGUCUGGAGUCAGGUUCCUGUCUACACUGUGGCCCUGAACCUGCUCUCUCAUCAGUUUAUCUGCCACUUGGGAAAGUAAACAAUGACUUCAUGCUGGCGGUGGUCAUUUCUGUUUCCAAUCUCGCAGGGGACAAACAGCAGGCCCAUGCAGUGGUGAAGGUGGGACUUGGAGACAUCUGUGUUGAGAACGUGGCAUUCCAGGCCGCAGUGCUGGAGAAUGUCACCGUCACUCUGCAAGGCGAGCGGGACCCUGAACGGCUCUUCCAGCUGGCCACGGCUGUGUCAUCCAUCCUGGACCUGGAGAGCCAGGGACAGGGCUGCAGGCAGCUGCUGAACAUGGAUGUCAGACAGAAGGUCAGAGAGCAUGUGCUGGGGUCACUAUCUGCAGUCACUACCACCCUGGGGGACAUGCAGAAGGUACAAAGGUUGGCCCAGGUGCUGAGAGAGGUGACCCACCACAGUGAGGAGCUCACACCCAAGGCCCAGUGGGAGGCCACUUGGGCUCUGCAGCAUGCCAGUGAAGCCCUGUUGGCACUGUGUUCCAAGGCCCAUCCUGAAGACCAGAGGCGCCAGGCGGCCACCAAGGACCUGUUUCAGGCUGUGGGCAGCGUGCUGGAAGCUUCCCUGAGGGAGGGACCAGAAAAGCAUGCAGAGGCCAAGGGCAGUCAGAUGGCCUCCGUGCCCCAGCUGCUCAGAGUUGUGGAGCAUGUGCAGGCUGCCCUCCUUCUGGGGACACUGCCUGGGGGCCUCCCAGCCACUCUGGCCACCCCUUCCAUCUCUGUGUAUACAAACAGAAUACAGCCCCGGAGUUGGCGAGGCUCCUCCGUGCAUACUAAGGCUGCCAGCUCUGCAACCUUUACCCUGCCUGCGGCCUCCUCCCUUGGCUCCAUGGAGGACAGCUGGGAGCCUGUGGACAUCAGGGUGAUGAGUUUCCCCAAGAGCCCCUUCCCAGCCCGAAGUCACUUUGAUGUCAGUGGAACUAUUGGUGGCUUCUGUUUGACUAGCCCUAGUGGACAUCUCAUACCCAUGAGGAAUCUGUCGGAGAAUAUCGAGAUCCUGCUGCCUCGGCUUUUGGAAGGGCACAGUGAGCCAACUGUGUUAAACCUGACCAGUCCUGAAGCUUUAUGGGUGAACCUGACUUCAGACAGAGCAGCUUUGGGGAUCCAGCUGCACUGGAGACCUGCCAUCCCACUCAUACUCAGCCUGGGCUAUGGCUACCACCCCAAUAAGACCAGCUAUGAUGCAAAAGCUCACAUUCCGCCAAUGGCUGCUACAGAUGGGCUGUCCACGUGGAUCCUGAACCCAGAGGACCUGCAUUUUGGAGAAGGGGUCUAUUAUCUGACUGUGGUCCCCGAGUCUGACCUGGAACUGAUCCCUGGCAGGGACCUCACAGUUGGCAUCACCACCUUCCUGUCCCAUUGUGUGUUCUGGGAUGAGGUCCAGGGGACUUGGGACAACUCUGGGUGCCAGGUGGGGCCACGGACCACCCUCUCCCAGACACACUGCCUCUGCAAUCACCUCACCUUCUUUGGAAGCACGUUCCUGGUCAUGCCCAACACCAUCGAUGUCCGCCAGACCGCUGAACUCUUUGCCACCUUUGAGGACAACCCCGUGGUUGUGACCACCGUGGGCUGCCUCUGUGUGGCCUACAUACUUGUGGUGAUCUGGGCGAAGAGGAAGGAUGCUCAGGAUCAGGCCAAGGUGAGGGUCACAGUGCUGGAGGACAAUGAUCCCUUUGCCCAGUACCACUACCUGUUGACAGUCUACACUGGACACCGGAGAGGGGCAGCUACUUCCUCGAAGGUGACUGUCACCCUAUAUGGCCUGGAUGGAGAGAGUGAACCCCACCACCUGUCAGACCCUGACAUCCCAGUUUUUGAGCGAGGAGGAGUGGAUGUCUUCUUACUCUCCACCCUGUUCCCCCUGGGGGAACUGAAGAGCCUGCGGCUAUGGCAUGACAACUCAGGGGACCGGCCAUCCUGGUAUGUGAGCCGGGUGCUGGUGCAUGACCUGGCUAGGGACCGGAAGUGGCAUUUCCUCUGCAAUUCGUGGCUGUCCAUUGAUGUCGGAGACUGUGUCCUUGACAAAGUAUUUCCUGUGGCCACAGAGCAGGACAGGAAGCAAUUCAGCCACCUGUUUUUCAUGAAGACCUCCACGGGCUUCCAGGAUGGACACAUCUGGUACUCCAUCUUCAGCUGCUCAGCUAGGAGCAACUUCACCCGUGUCCAGAGGGUGUCCUGCUGCUUCUCUCUGCUUCUCUGCACCAUGCUGACCAGCAUCAUGUUCUGGGGUGUUCCCAAGGACCCAGCUGAGCAAAAGAUGGACUUGGGUAAAAUUGAAUUCACCUGGCAGGAAGUAAUGAUUGGACUGGAGAGCUCUCUCCUCAUGUUCCCUAUCAACCUCCUAAUUGUUCAGAUCUUUCGAAACACCCAUCCUCGGGUCACUAAGGAGCAGAAAACUGGGAAAUGGGACAGAGGCCCCCUCAAUCUGGCCUCCUCACUGCAGCCCAUGGAGGAUGGUCUUCUGACACUUGAAGUGGUGACCAAGGAUAUGUGGAGACUUGUCAGCAACCUGUUUAAAGCUCUGAAAGUGCCACCACCUGCCUCUGGCUGGGACUCAGCAACCUUAACGGACAUCAAUCAACUGCUGGUCUUGAUGGAAGAUGUCAUCUGUCUACAGAACAUGGAAGGGCAGGAGUUCUGGGAGGAAGCCAAACAGAGAGAGGACCCUUUAAUACUGCCUCUUGGGUCUCUACAAGUGAAAGAACGAAUGCAAUGCCUGAUGCCGGAGGUAGUCCCAAGUGACUCCCUGAAGGACAAUGCCUACAAACAGUGUCUCUACCUUCAGCUGGAAUACAUGGAGCAAGAACUUCAGCUGGUGGGACCCCAUGGCUUCCCGCAGGGCCAGAACCACACCCGGGCCCUCAGCCAACUGCAGAUGCUGAAGGGCCGCCUGCGAGGACAGCUGGGCACCCCACCCCCAGCAUACACUGGCUUCCGGAUGGCCAGCAAGCCUCCUCGUGGCCUGCCCUGGUGGUGCGUCCUAGUGGGCUGGCUCCUGGUGGCGGCCACAAGUGGCGUGGCAGCCUUCUUUACCAUGCUCUACGGCCUGCACUACGGGCGGGCCGGCUCCCUCAAAUGGCUCAUCUCCGUGGCCAUCUCCUUCGUGGAGAGCGUGUUCAUCACCCAGCCUCUGAAGGUGCUGGGCUUUGCUGCCUUCUUCGCACUGGUCUUGAAGAGAGUGGAGGACGAGGAGGAGCCCGUGGCCUCCCUCCCAGGACGUCUGUCUAGCCCAGACCCUACUGCCUUGUUCCGAGCACGAAGAUGCAGCAGAAAGGACAUUUACCAGCCACCUUUGACCACUGACAUCGAGAAGAUGAAAACCACCCAUCUCAAGGAACAGAAGGCAUUUGCCUUCAUCAGAGAAAUCUUGGCAUACCUGGGCUUCCUGUGGAUGCUGCUGCUGGUUGCCUAUGGGCAGAGGGACCCCAGCACCUACCACUUCAACAGACACCUGGAGCACAGCUUCACUCAAGGCUUUUCAGCUGUGUUAAGCUUCAAGGAGUUCUUCAUGUGGGCCAACACCACCCUCGUGAGCAACCUGUACAGUCAUUACCCAGGCUUUAUCACUGAUGGGAACUCUAAGCUGGUUGGCAGUGCCCAGAUUCGUCAAGUGAGAGUCCGGGAAAACUCUUGCCCUCUUGUCCCACACCUGCAGGCUUCUCUUGACAGAUGUCAUGCACCAUAUUCCCUGGAUAUUGAAGACCUAUCAGACUAUGGGGAAGGCUGGAAUGCCUCUAUCCUCAAUAACAGCAGGGGUUUUUCCCAGGCUUGGCAAUACCAGAACCAGAGACAACGCCGAGGGUAUCCCAUCUGGGGCAAACUCACUGUGUACCGGGGAGGAGGUUACGUGGUCCCCUUAGGGACUGAUCGCAAAAGUACAUCAAGAAUUCUCCAGUACCUCUUUGACAACACCUGGCUGGACAGCCUGACCAGAGCUGUUUUUGUGGAGUUUACUGUCUACAAUGCCAAUGUGAACCUGUUCUGCAUCAUCACUCUGACCCUGGAGACUAGCGCCCUGGGAACCUUCUUCCCACAUGCGAACCUGCAGAGCCUGCGCCUGUACCCCUUCACUGACGGCUGGCACCCCUUCGUGGUAGCAGCAGAGGCCAUCUACCUCCUGUUCCUUCUCUACUACAUGAUUGUGCAGGGCAAGCUCAUGAGAAAACAGAAGUGGUGCUAUUUCCAUAGCAAGUGGAAUCUUCUGGAGCUGACCAUCAUCCUAGCCAGUUGGAGUGCCCUGGCAAUGUUCGCGAAGAGGGCCAUCCUGGCAGAACGGGACAUCCAGCACUACAGGAGCCACGGGGAGGAGGGGAUCAGUUUCAGUGAGACAGCAGCGGCUGAUGCUGCCCUUGGCUACAUCAUUGCCUUCCUGGUACUGCUGUCCACAGUGAAGCUUUGGCAUCUGCUCAGGUUGAACCCCAAAAUGAACAUGAUCACAUCAGCCCUGCGCCGUGCUUGGGGGGACAUUUCGGGGUUUAUCAUCGUCAUCCUCAUCAUGCUUCUGGCUUACUCCAUUGCGUCAAACUUAAUAUUUGGUUGGAAACUCCGUUCCUACAAAACCCUCUUUGAUGCAGCAGAAACAAUGAUCAGCCUUCAGCUCGGAAUCUUUAACUACAAAGAGGUCCUGGACUACAGCCCAGUGCUUGGCUCCUUCCUGAUUGGGUCCUGCAUCAUUUUCAUGACAUUUGUGGUGCUGAAUCUAUUUAUCUCUGUCAUUCUGGUGGCCUUCAAUGAGGAGCAAAAAAAUGAUCAGCUGUCGGAAGAAGGAGAGAUUGUUGAUUUGUUACUGAUGAAAAUACUCGGUUUCUUGGCUAUUAAACGUAAAAGAGAGGAGCCUGGAAGCAGCAGUGAGCAGCCCAAGUAGCCAUCAGAGGCGGGGACCCCCUCCACCUGCAUCAGCUGCGCUCAAAGUUCAAACUCUUCAUGCAUACAUGAGCAUCUUAAGAAGGAAGAUGGCCAGAGCCUUGGACCUAUGCUUACUGGUGAUUCUAUAGUCUCUAUGUUCUCCCGUGUGCAUAGAAAAGUCACCAAGUCUGACAAGUGAAAAAAAUAAAUAUAUAUACAGAUACACGCAAUUACCACUACUGUG